ACGUUACUCAAGUUUCACUCCGACGCGUGCUCUCCUCUUCUCUGCCUGCUUUGUGUUGUCAGGCAGAAAGACACAGCAGCCAGGGUGGCGCGUGUCCUGAUACACAGGCACCCCGUCAUCGACCAGAGCUAAACAAUAGAUAGUCUUUUUUUGUUGUCCGUUUCAAAGUAGUUAGGUGUUAUUUAUAAUUUCUGCUACAAUGUCGGUGGGUGUGGAGUCUGGAUUCUCGAGCGAGGAAGUCUUGAACAGCCGCUUCCCUCUCCACCGGGCGUGCAGGGAUGGAGAUGUCGGUGCCUUGUGCUCCCUCCUUCAGUGCACCUCAAACCCGGCUGACCUCGCUGUGGAGGACACCUUCUACGGCUGGACGCCCAUACACUGGGCCGCUCACUUCGGAAAGUUGGAGUGUGUGAUGCGUCUGGUUCAGGUGGGCUGUGGUGUUAAUGCCAUGACCUCCAGGUUUGCACAGACGCCCACCCACAUUGCUGCAUUUGGGGGCCACCCUGAGUGCUUGUUAUGGCUACUCCAAGCUGGUGCAGAUAUUAACAGACAGGACUAUGUGGGUGAGUCGCCCAUCCACAAGGCUGCUCGUGCGGGCAGUCUGGAGUGUAUCAACGCUCUCUUGAUUCAGGGAGCGAAAGCUGAUAUGAGGAAUGCCAGUGGGCUGACUGCUGCUGACCUGGCCCACGCUCAGGGAUUCCAGGAGUGCGCUGAGAUUCUCUCCAAUGCCCAGAACUUCCAACAAAACAUGGCUCAGUCCCAUAACGGAGCUUUUCUGAAUGGCAUGACCCAGAAUGGGGGCCUCGCUCGCCCCACUAUCCAGGGACGCAGCUUCUUGAAUGGCGUGCCCAACAGAAAGAGGUCAUUCGAUGGCAUGGAGGCAAACCCAGUGAAGAAGGCUCGGCCUAACGGUCUGGGCAUGCCACCAGAAUUGCUGAAUGGGAAUGGGCCACUGGGUGGUGCUGGAGAGGCCCAGAUGGAAAGCAUGACCAUGGAGUUGGCAGCGACUGUAACCUCAGGUGGGCCAGGACCCUUUGCAUUUGGGCUGAAUGGGUUUGCACCACCACAAGGGCCGGGGCCCAUGGAUCAGUGUGAGGACCAGGGGGCACAGCACAGGUCGAGCCCUGCGACUAAAGAGCUGGAGGUCAUCACUGUGGCAUCAAUGCAGACCCCUUGUCGCUGCACCAACUCUUACGCCUACCUGUAGAGGGCUUGUGUGUGUAGGCACAUGUUAAUGUUCCCUUUUGUGCAGUAUAUCUUUUUGGUAUGGUCUGGCUGUUUUGUUUGCAUAACACAUGCAUAGAGGAAUACAUUUGUGUUGAUCUGGUGGUAAGCUACGUUUGAAAGAUGUAUAGCAGUUUGUGUGCCGUAUUUUCUACUUUUCCAUGUACCUAAUUAUACUCGGAUGGAUAAAAGCAUAGAGUUCUCUGUUAUACAGUUAUUAUUUAAUGCAUCCGUCCAGUUAUACAGACAAUUGUUGUGUAAUUCUUUAUUCUUUAGGAUGAGUUUUGUUUUGCACAAUUAUACAGCAACAUCCCAGAUAAUGCAAACUUAUUAGCAUUCCCCCAACACAGUGGGUUCAUCAGUACCAACUUAGGUCACAUUGGCUCACUGGAAAAAGGAAGUAGUGUGUCAAAUCAGUCAUUAUAGCUUGUCAAAUUAUGCAUUGUUGCAUAAUUGGAAAAAGUUCAAUACAGUACAUGAAAAGUAAUAUCUAAAUGGUGAUUGGGUAAUUUUCUUUAAUAUGCUCCCCCCGAUGAAUUCAUUAAAUUUAAUUUAGUAUACUUUCAUAUUAAGUAUUGCUCGAUUGAUGAUGACAUUUAUAUAAAAAUAAUGAGUGCCUAAGCACUCUUUAAUAAACACAGAGGAAACGUCUCCUGAUACUGACUGCUACCACACAUUAGCUAAAAGCUGUUUUGUAUUCAGGAUAUUACCGUAUGCCAAAGCAUAUCCCAACAUGAAUGUAGCUCGUAAAGUAUAAACGAUUCACUGUGCAGCUUAUUUUGUAGUUUGUAGAUGUCCUAUACUAAGACAUAGUGGGCCAUGGGCUUGGAGUUUGGUUAUUCUUCUUUUUCCUUUCUGUUUCUUUGGGCUGCGUGCUUGUUUGAUUCUAAAGUAUGGUGAAUGUUCACUGUUAGUUUUUUAGGCAACUAGCAGGGCUUGCACAUGUGUAUGUUCUAUGAUAAUCCCCCGUCUGAAGUUGAUAACUGGCCGUUUUACAAUCAGUAGUUAUGAAUAAACAGUACCGCUCAAGAAAGUUUGCAUGGAUUCACAAAAAGCCUUAUUUCUUGAGCUGUAUUGAAUCGUUGAAUAACUUUAUGUACAUUAUUUUCAAUUUUUUAUAGAUACUGAGAAAGGAAAUUCUUCCUGUUUUUUUUGUAGUACUAUUUCAUGUUACAGGUGGUUUCUGUUUAAAGUUUAAGUGUACAGACAUUCAGUUUGGAACAUCCAAUGCUUAGUACUGAGCAGGUUUAGCUUUGUACUUGAUUGUGUGAAAUCAUUAAAUGUUGAUUCAUUUUAUAAAUGUGA